AUGUGGACAACGGUCCUCCUGUUCCUGCUGCAGGCUUGUGCUGCAUGCUCCCCCAUAUGGAGCGUGAGUGCAGCUGCUCUUAAAUCCAUGGCUACCAAAAGACUGGAGGAGCUAGCUCAGCCCAAACUGGAAUAUGAGAAACUGCAGGUGAGCGAGGCUGUGAAGAGUGCAGUCCCCAGCCCAUGCAUUCUCCAGCUGGCCCGGUCCAAGAGGCGAUACCCCACUGUGGCUCGUGAGUCUCUGAUCUGGAGUCCAGAGCAGGGAAUCAGCAUUGUCACUGAGGCAGCACGGAGCGCCGUCGCUACUCCCCGGCUCCAGGUCCUAGCAAGUAAGCCAUCCGCCAUGAAGGUCGUGGCUAGCAAUUGUGUCCACAUACUGGCCAAACCCAAAGUAAGGAAGGGAAUCUUCGAGGGCUACGACCCCUACUUAGUGACACAGACCGCCAAACAGGCCCAGGCGUCUUCAAGGGUCCUGGAGCUCUCCACGCCACUCCCACGGUAUAAGAAGAUCUAG